AUGUCUGCCACUCACCAAGCCGCCGUUAUCCCCCAGAAGGGCGAACGGCUCACUUUGCAGACGCUGGAGACCCCCAAGCCUGGUCCCACGGAGCUGCUCAUCUCGGUCAACGCCAUCGCGCUGAAUCCAGUAGACUAUUACAUGCGGGACAUGGGAGUCUUUGUCAAAGACUAUCCAGCGACGAUUGGUUCCGACAUCGCCGGCACUGUCGAGGCUGUGGGGUCGUCUAUCGCAUCUUCUUCUUUCCAACCCGGCACACGCGUGCUGGGGUUUGCCCCGGCCUUUUUCAACCAAGGCAAGCCGCCAUACGGCGGGUUCCAGAAGAAAGUCAUUGUGCCCGUCGAGAAUGUUUGCGUGAUUCCGGACACGCUGAGCUUUGUCGACGCCGCCACUCUGCCGAUGGGCGUCGUCACAGCAUGGAACGGCUGGACCAGCAUUGGCCUGCACCACGACACUCACUUUAGCGCGGCGGACAAACAGAGCGUUCUGAUCUGGGGCGCAUCCAGCUCCGUGGGUGUGUGUGCAGUGCAGACGGCCAAAGCACUCGGCUUCACCGUCUACGCCACCUGCAGUCCCAGAAACAAUGAGUACAUCCGAUCCCUCGGCGCGAAGGAGGUCUUCGACUACAAAUCGCCCAGCGUGGUGCAGGAGGCCCUUCAGGCGGCGAAGAAGGACGGCAUGGCUUUGACAACCGCAUAUUUCUGCACCGGCGACAUCCAACCGUGCCUGGAUGUCCUCGCACCAUCCAGCACUGCGGAGCAGAGGGGUAAACUCGCCACCGCCGUGCCAAUCAAUCCGUCCACGCCGACCCACCCCAACGUCGACACCAAGUUCGUCAUGGCCCCUGAGGGCGCUGGGCCCAGGGGUAAACAGUUUGAAUUCAUAUUGCAGGAGUGGCUGGCACCGCGACUUGCGGAUGGAAGCUUCAUCCCCGCCCCUGAAGCUAGAGUUAUGCUGGGUGGUCUGGCUGGUUUGAACGAUGCGUUGGACGUGCUGAAGGGAGGCGUGAGUUGCCAGAAACUUGUUCUGGAGGUUUGA